GCUACCGGUGAGUUCUGCUUCAUUUCCACGGAUGAUAACACCCUUACGAUUGCGAGCUUCGCAUAUCCUCCAUAUUCGGCCCAGCGAGUCCAGCAGCGUUGUGCUUUUCGCACUUUGUCCUCCGUGCGCUUGCCGAAGCUUCGCAGAGGACGCUCGGAAGCAGGCUGCGGAGCCGCCUCAGCUAGCCGAGAUAUCUGGUCUGUUCGACUUCUGCUUUCGCCUUUCUCAAGUGGCCUUCGACGGCCUUCGACCUCCGACUCCGCUCCGACACCGUCUAGUAGGGCUUGAGCAAGGCUAAGCAUUCAGUCCUCAUCGGCUUGAAGAACGACGGUGACUGUCAGCUCCCCAGAUCGACGAGGCGCUGCCUUACGCGGUCAUUUGUAGCGAGGUAUGGAUGAUCGGGACGAGGGCAAGUGGCCGAAGGAGCACGAGCGGGACAGCGACCGGGCGGGAGCCUUCUCUGCAGAGCCUCGCACCACGUUCCCUUAUGACCACAGUCGGGAAGUUGAAGGCUCUCCCGUGCCGCUUGUCGCCAUGCAGGAUUUUGGGUCCUACGCUACACAAGGGGAACCUACACUCAACAUCUCCAUGCAUCCUGAGCCCCCUAGUACAAUUUCCUUGCAAGGCGACCCUCUGGCAUACAGUGAGUUGAAGCCCCCAUCAGUGGUGUCGAAAGAUGAGGUUGCCAGGAGAGGGUCCAGGGCCAGCGAGGAUGCUCGCUCCUCAAAUAUUGCUCCGACCCCUACCAAUAUAACGACAUCCGUCGGACACGGCGACCUUGAAAUCCCGUUCGUACAGGUCCAGAACUCUGAUGGGACAUGGAGCUGCGCUGUCGCUGGGUGUACGCGUUCCCGCCGCUAUGUGCGCCCCAGUGAUCUGGCCAAGCACCAGCGAGUUCAUGAUCCGAUGUAUAAACUGCAUUGUUCAUACUGCGACUUCAUUGCGAUGUUCCCGUCUCACAUGAGGGAGCACGUGGGAACCAAGCACUUCGGCAGAGUCUACAUUUGUCCGGCAGAGGGAUGUGGCGCGAGCUUCGGGAUGUAUGCCAACCUUGUAGGGACCGGACGGCAUAUGAGUAAGUAUCACCCAGAAGUAGCGAAGCCAACAGAAGCGACCUGCAGGCGCUAUUUACAUGAACCGGUAACCUCCAUGACGGAUGAGGGCUAUUAUAGUCUUGACAAAACCCCAGCCAGUACUGUAGCACCGGGAGACGACGUUGACAUUGAGGAAGAUCACCGAAGCAUAUAUUCAGACAACCGCCGGACCGGCCUUGAUGCCAGCACGACAAAUAAGCUCAUCCGGGCCUUUUCAGACGAAGUGUCCCAAGAUCUUGGUCCUGAUUUGGAAGCAGAGGACGUGUCUGAAGCUCUUCCCGAACUCCUCUAUAUUCUGUCCAAACUGCUCCAGUGCGACAGAAAUGCUCCCGCCGAGCUUGCCAGCACUUUCGUUAGACAGCAACGAGAUAAUAUCGCUCCUCGAGUCAUCGUACGAGCGGAAGCGGAAGCACGAGAGUCCUACUCUACCAUCAAAGCCUUUGACGUUGACUCCUGGAUAAGUGGAGUAGGAGGUACCAAGGACGAACCAGGCGAGCGACCUGCUGACGAAGCCGAUGUGAACGAUCUUAGCGACGAAGUGAUCUCGGAGGUGACAUUUCCGGAACAAGUAGAAGCCGUUCGAAACUACGUCCGGAAGAGCGCAGGUUACAGAUGGCUCCUUGUCAGAACACGCUUGGCUGCAAGCAUGAUGCAGACUGGGUCCGAGUUUCAAGACCUGGAGCGAGAGCUUGUGGGACUUUGUGUCAGCCAUGGCCCUUCGCUAAAGAUUCGGCUUGGUUGGUCUCCGACCGGCUUCAUUCGAAACCAGUACUCGCAAACUGCCGAGAUCAGCAUAGCCACGGCCAUCAGCUACAACGGUUUUGGAGAGACUCUGGAGGCGCUAGAAGUCACAAAGUAUGUGAAGAGAAUGUGGCCUACAUAUGGCGAUUUUGUUCUGGCUUGCGUCGACAAUGCAGUUUACGGCAACCAUGAAAAGCAGAAUGAUAUGUCAGUCAAUUUGAGCCAAGCUGCCGAUGGUAUGGGCUCUUUGAUACUCACCACAAUAGAAGAUGAGCUUCUUGCAGAAGUCGACGGUGAUCCUGUGGCUGUUUUCGAGAUGAUCGCAAUUCUCGCCUGGCUGGGCGCGGCAUGUCGCUUGCCAACCCAUUUGGCCGGCCCGAGUUAUUGCACUAUCAGCCUUGUUCCGCCUAGCGAUGAGUGCGCUUUUCAUCAGAUUCGAUACCACGAGCAUGCAUUGUCCGAAACCGGUACGGCCGCAAGCGAUGAAGGGGCGAGUCAUGGCAUCGUCGACCAGAGCUACCCAUCCACACAAGACGAGCCGAGAAGUCCCGAUUCACAUACUUCUGCGCACGCGAAUGAUUGUUGGCUUGCAAUGAUCAAGAAUCCAUCGAUCGUUAAAGGCUUCCCAAUAGCUCGACGUUACAACUCAGAGAAAGGCAUGGAGACGUCGCUUGAUAUCAUGAUAGCACUCUCACGAGCGCGUUGGGCAACCAUUUUUGAUGGCAUGACUGUCUUGAGAGGAUUCUGUACGUUACUGGUCGCUGUCCAGAUGCAUUGUGAUUCUGUGUUCUGGCACUAUGUGCUGUCCGGAGACUUGCAACCUCUUCUUUACUCGGAGGCUCACAAGUACUGCCAGCCAGAUCGGCAUGCAGUAGCACCUAGCGAACUCCAAGGGCUUCGACAUUUUAUUGGAUGGACGCCAGUCGCGUAUAGCCGGAUAGGCACACGGGACGCGAUCCAUUCGAUAUACGAUGUGAACUACACGGGUGAUGACAAUCUCACUAAACCUGGUUACGCACUCGAUGGUGUCACGGUGGGAUUUAGCCACUAUGUAACUGGGUCUAGUAAGAUCAGUGUUGGGAACCGGGACACCCCGCUCACCUACUCACUGGCCAGAGAAUAUGAAAUGCAGGUUGAUCAUGCUGCAAACCUUUUCGUGAUCUUCUACGAUUGUGAAGCACGAAGGGCGUGGAUGCUUGACGGACGAGAAGCUCUUCUCUACUUGAGUCGCGGAUUCUUGUCCUCGCCACAUGCGCUUCCGCGCCGCAACGGUUUCUCGGAGCGUGUGGUGGACCAGUUCAUCCACCGUGAUCACAUGAUAGAGGGUCGUAGAACGGCGCGGGAGAUUCUGCUCCAGAAGCAGAACCGAGAAAUCAAGAUUUACGAAGGCUUUACAUUCGAGCAGCUUGUGUCUCGCUUUUACGAGACCAUCUGGCAGAUGCGCAGCCAUGUGCCGAAGCUGCAAGCUGCUCAAAGGGUGAAUACUACCGAUCUGAAGAAGAAGUUCAUGCAUGCUCUUGAAGGCUUUGGCUUUGCAGACACAGUGUCGUUGAACUUCCCCGUGCGCUCUCGGUACGCUAGGUUGGGCCGGUCAGGCAAGGAAUGGUGCCGCUUCGUGAAUACUACAGGCACGGUCAACAUUCUAGGCAAAGGCUUUGGCCAAAUACUGGGAUCUCUGGACAACUGUCGACGUUGCAAAGAGCUCCCGGGAGGUCCGGACUUUCUCGCCACGUUUGCAUCAUUGCUUGAGGAUAUUGCACGUCAAUGCGAAGGAGUCACUGCAGCUCAUCUUAAGCUCAUGCAGAACCUCUACUGGAACCGGCCGAAUGAACACUUCGCGACCACAGCGUGCGGGUGCACGCAGCUUGGUGCCAGAUGUGGUGAAGCUAUCCUUGAGCUCCAUGCGAUCCCAGCAACAACGAGGUCGAAGUUUCAGCCCGGUCUUCAUCAUAUGCACGCUGAUGCUGCCGUCAUCAUCGGCCGAAAGUGCGAUAUAUGCACACGCACAGCAUCGGCACCUGGAAACAGCACUGAGAGGUACAAUGACACAGCGCAUGGCGGCACCACACCUGAUAGCGGGAUCGGAUCUUCGCAGGGUUCCGUAAGCACUCCGACCCCGAGUAUGUCGGAUCCCAAGUCCGUCGCUCUGAGCGUAAGCUGCUCGCGCUCGGGUCGUGACAGCACGAAUGACUUUGAUGCUCAGGUUGGGGAGAAAGAUACGACGAGAUCUGACACCUUGGAGCAGCAGCUUUCAGGAGGAUUGCAGCCAAGUACGACUGAUACGCGCAGCUACCGGCAACCUUCGCUCGACAUUGAGAGUGCUCUCACCCAGGUCUCGCUGGAUGAUCUCCAGACAGAGCUUGAACGGAGAAAGGCCGUUCAGGAAUGCACCGCGCAUUAUCGCUGGGCAGCGAUGGCGCAAGAUGCGAGCAACGCUUUACGAUCAAAUGUUGCAAGUAACUCUGCAGAGGAGAUGCAUAGUGAGCGAAAAAGGAAAAGAGUCCUGUCUCCAACGCCCAAUUAGACUGUCGUGAUGAGGAUGGAGCGGGCAAUCACGGUCUGCUCGCCACUCAGCUGCGCUAGAGCUCAGCGGAAUGUGUGGUAACGACAAGGCGUCCGUGUGGCAUUAGGUUGUCGAUACGUAAGACAUAGAGCUGCAAUCAUCGAGGAAUUUGAUUCGGUGGGCAUGUCCUGGAACGUAGCGCGAGUCAAUUGUAUCCUGAUAAUGUUCACGGCCA